AUGCAACAUCAGAGGUGCAGGGGUGGAGCAGUAGCCGGAGCCGACGACGACGACGAUUGCAGGGAGGAACGGAGACGACAUCAGCGACGGAGAUGGCAGGGAGGAACGAAGCUUCAACAAAUGGUGAUGGAGGAUUUGGCAGUGUGCAUCAAUGAAAAAGAAAAAGGUGGAGGUGUUCUAGUGAGAAGAAAAGAAAGACGUGAAUUAGGCUCCAAUCCUCUACCAUCUACACACAACCUCUACAUACCCCUCAAAGAAAUGGCAACCGCUGCAAUCCAACAGUCAGCAUUCGCCGGCCAGCAGGCCUUGAAGCCACAGAACGAGCUCGUCAGGAAGACCGGCAGCUUCAAUGGUGGCCGCUUCACCAUGCGCCGCACAGUCAAAAGUGCACCACAAAGCAUUUGGUAUGGACCGGAUCGUCCAAAGUACUUGGGUCCAUUUUCCGAGCAAACCCCAUCAUACUUGACCGGUGAAUUCCCCGGUGACUACGGGUGGGAUACCGCCGGACUCUCAGCCGACCCGGAGACAUUCGCCAAGAACCGUGAGCUGGAAGUGAUCCACUCUCGGUGGGCCAUGCUGGGUGCACUCGGGUGCGUCUUCCCGGAGCUUCUCUCCAAAAACGGUGUCACAUUCGGUGAAGCAGUCUGGUUCAAGGCGGGUUCCCAGAUUUUCUCAGAAGGUGGUCUUGACUACCUUGGAAACCCUAAUUUGAUCCAUGCCCAAAGCAUUCUUGCUAUCUGGGCAUCUCAGGUUGUCCUCAUGGGGCUCAUUGAAGGAUACCGGGUUGGUGGGGGCCCGCUUGGUGAAGGUCUUGAUAAGAUUUAUCCGGGUGGGUCUUUUGACCCGCUUGGAUUGGCUGAUGACCCGGAAGCUUUUGCUGAAUUGAAGGUUAAAGAGCUUAAAAACGGAAGAUUGGCGAUGUUUUCUAUGUUUGGAUUCUUUGUUCAGGCUAUUGUUACAGGGAAGGGUCCGAUUGAGAAUUUGUUUGACCAUCUUGCUGACCCGGUUGCCAACAAUGCUUGGGCUUAUGCUACCAACUUUGUGCCCGGAAAAUGAGUGUAAAUUGAAUCCUUUGUAAAUUCGAUAACUGCUAUGCAACAUUAAGAGAUGAAAUGAAGCUAUUUUGUUGAGAAACUAUUGCAUUUCAUAUGAUAUUCCGUAUGAAUUCAUUAUUUCGCAAAGAUGCUAAAAGAAAAUUCUAUAAUUUGCAAUAACAAACUAUCUUGGAGUAACUCGCAAAAUGUAAUAGAAACAAAUCAUUGUACUUUGUAUUAUUUUUUGAAAAAAUCACAAAAAGAGCCUUAGCC